UCAGCCUGGGCCAGAGGGAGACCCUACCUCGGAAAACCAAACAAACAAAGCCGAGCUGGAGGAGAGGACCAAGUGCAUAGAGGAGUUGUUAAAGCCAUGGCCAUGACAGGCUCAACACCUUGCUCGUCCAUGAGUAAUCACACAAAGGAAAGGGUGACAAUGACCAAGGUGACAUUGGAGAAUUUUUAUAGUAACCUUAUUGCUCAACAUGAGGAACGAGAAAUGAGACAAAAGAAGUUAGAAAAAGUGAUGGAAGAAGAGGGUCUAAAAGAUGAAGAGAAACGCCUCCGGAGAUCAGCACAUGCUCGAAAGGAAACAGAGUUUCUUCGUUUGAAGAGAACAAGACUUGGACUGGAAGAUUUUGAGUCCUUAAAAGUCAUAGGCCGAGGAGCAUUUGGUGAGGUGCGACUUGUUCAGAAGAAAGACACAGGGCAUGUGUAUGCAAUGAAAAUCCUCCGUAAAGCAGAUAUGCUUGAAAAGGAGCAGGUUGGCCACAUCCGUGCGGAGCGUGACAUUCUAGUGGAGGCAGACAGUUUGUGGGUUGUGAAAAUGUUCUAUAGUUUUCAGGAUAAGCUAAACCUCUACCUAAUCAUGGAGUUCCUGCCUGGAGGAGACAUGAUGACCUUGUUGAUGAAAAAAGAUACUCUGACAGAAGAGGAGACUCAGUUUUAUAUAGCAGAAACAGUACUAGCCAUAGACUCUAUUCACCAACUUGGAUUCAUCCACAGAGACAUCAAACCAGACAACCUUCUCCUGGACAGCAAGGGCCACGUGAAACUGUCUGACUUUGGCCUUUGCACAGGCCUGAAAAAGGCACACAGGACAGAAUUUUACAGGAACCUGAACCACAGUCUCCCCAGCGACUUCACUUUCCAGAACAUGAAUUCCAAAAGGAAAGCAGAAACCUGGAAAAGAAACCGACGUCAGCUGGCCUUCUCCACUGUGGGCACUCCUGACUACAUCGCCCCCGAGGUGUUCCUGCAGACUGGGUACAACAAGCUCUGCGACUGGUGGUCUCUUGGGGUGAUCAUGUACGAGAUGCUCAUCGGCUACCCACCAUUCUGCUCAGAGACCCCUCAAGAGACGUAUAAGAAGGUGAUGAACUGGAAAGAAACUCUGACUUUUCCUCCAGAAGUUCCCAUCUCUGAGAAAGCCAAGGAUCUCAUUCUGAGAUUUUGCUGUGAAUGGGAACAUAGAAUCGGAGCCCCUGGAGUUGAGGAAAUAAAAAAUAACUCAUUUUUUGAAGGUGUUGACUGGGAACAUAUCAGAGAGAGACCUGCUGCGAUAUCUAUUGAGAUCAAGAGCAUUGACGAUACCUCAAACUUUGAUGAGUUUCCAGAAUCUGACAUUCUUAAGCCAACAGUGGCCACAGGCAGCCAUGCUGAGACCGACUACAAGAACAAGGACUGGGUGUUCAUCAACUACACGUACAAGCGCUUUGAGGGGCUCACCGCCAGGGGGGCGCUGCCUUCCUACAUGAAAGCUGCGAAGUAGGACCUGAGGAGCCGUGUUCUCUGUGCAGCACCGCAGUUCUCUCCCCUCUCCAGAGAGCUUCAGAGAAGUUCAUGGAACCAAUUCAUGCGUCACAGUAAAGUCUCCUGAAAUGUGACGGUGGAUUUGCUUCCAGAGCACAUCUGAAAACUGACAAGCACUUCUACAUUGGCCAUAAACAGUCGUCUUGCUUCUUUAAAAAGCAUUGUGAGCCAAUUUGAUAAAAAAUUUUUAAGAGGCAUUUGAAUCUUCCUAAAUUCAUCAGAAAGAAGGGGAAAAACAGCCAUCAUCCAACAUUAUUAAGACUGUAAUGUAUUCUCAGUGUCAGCCAAUUCCUGUGACGUGGUGACGUGCUACCUGCCAAGCCCACCAAGUAUUUCUUUUCUUUGUAUAACUAAAAGUUCUGGAGCACUGAAGAAGUAAAGCAAUAAUGAAAGCCUGUCUCUGCAGCCAACACUGCUGAAGGCGAGGUCCCCCAUCUUUGGUGCUGGUGUCUCCCCAUGCCUCGGUCUCGACAGCGGCCUCCCGUGGCCUGCGUUCACGGCGCUUCAUUUACGGCACGAGGACCUGAACCCACGCUUUUCUUCUCCCCCUACUCAAGCUGCUCUUCUGAGUGUUGAUGGGGGACACCAGCUUGAUCCAUUACUGCUCUGAUUAGGCCCACCAAACCCUUGGGCACUGGCAAGGAGUUCUGGAUCAUGUGGACAGCCCUCACUUCCUCCUCACGGCGCUGUCAGAACCCUGACAGAUGUUCCACCAGCAGUACUUGCAGAGACUGUUCUUUCCUGGGAACACAGCAAGGAGCCCAGGUGGACGCAGGAGUCUCGGUGCCCUUGCGGCUGAGGGCUGCCUUGCAAGAUCUCAGCUUCCUGAGAAGUUGGGGUGGAGGCAACCCAGGAGUGUCCAACCUGCUGGCGAGUCCUUGUAGCCCCCUCAUUCCUCUCCCUGUCCCUGGUGCGACUGUGUUUAUCUCGAUACUUCCCUCUCCCAACUUUGAAGUAGCCAAUUUGCCUUGCAAUCAUGAUUACAAAGUUUUCCUUUGCAGAUAGAUGCCUUUCUGGGGGAAACUGGGCCCCCACCCAAAAGGGUGCCUGCCACUUAGACUGACCCGGCCUCUCUGCUGUGGCAUUCUUUCAUGAGAAACUAAAUUUUAGCACAAAGUGCCUUCUCUGUUACAGCUGCUGCCACAUUUAGAGGACUUUUGCUGCAUCAGGAAAGAGUGGAGGUUUCAUAGCAAUGCACUAUUAGUUUUGGUUUUCAGUUAUGACAACUCUAGAAGCAUCACUUGCACCUGUGUGGUGACUGGAACUCGCUCCCUGCCAGUCCUGAAGCUGUGGUGGUCAGCUUUGUUUUAGCUUAGAAAAGAAAACUGGAAUAUCAGACUUACAGCUGUACGUGAGACUGCUUUGGGCUUUUACAUCUUAGACAAAGAAAAAUGAAUGUUAGGAAAUCUGAACUCCAAAUGAAGGUGAUAUUUUAGCCCUUAAUCUUUCAUUCAUGGCCUAAUAGUGGGAAGGGAAGUAAAAGAUUCUGUCGUGUGAUUUUGAGGUCUCUUUGUAUACCAAACAGUUGUUUUGGAAAGCAGUGUGUGAUAAGUAUGGGUAACGAGAAGUAACAGGAGUAGUGGUAGUCUGUGUGCUGGGAGUGGUUUGUUUGGGAAAAUGUUGAAUAACUUCAGAAUAAACUGUGAAAACAGUCAA